AUGCCCAAUGAGCUGGAAUCCGCCCUCAGCCCGCCUAGAUGCCCAGUGAGCCCUUGCGCGUCUCGCGGUAACCACCCAGGACAUGCGGGACCCACCUCCAGACGCCAAGAACCCCCGGGCACGCGCCGGCUCCUUAGCUUUGGAUGCUGCUGGGCCCGGGCCGACGCGGCGCAGCCAUCGAGCGGAGAGGCCAGAGCAUCCCCGGCCGGGCCGCUUCCGGGGAGGAAGCGGAAACGCCGACGGGAAGCCAGGGGGCGGAUCGGAGGUGGCGCGUUCCCGGAGCUCAUGGCGGGGUUUCCUCUCCGAGCCGGUGCGCUCCUCUGGGGUCCGGUGGUCGGGCUCCUGCGGCGUCCGUGGCCCCGAGGCCUCGGGCUUGGGGGCCCGCCGGCCGGGGCCGUGGGAGUCGUGCGGCGGCAGCUGUGCGCGUGGCCUGAAGAGACAUGGCGGGCAUCGGGGCCGGCGCGAGGCUGUUCGAGAAGCCGGGCCUUCGGCACGGCCAUGCCGCCACCCCCGGGGUCGUCGGGACCCGAUGCCAGAGGCCGCCAGGACCCCUCGCGGCCCUCGCAGCCUGGGCCUGUGUCCUGGAAGUCUCUGGCGGUCACGUUUGCUAUCGGCGGAGCUCUGCUGGCGGGGAUGAAGUACUUCAAGAGAGAGAAGACGGAGAAGCUGGAGAAGGAACGGCAGCGAAGCCUCGGAAAGCCCCUGCUUGGGGGACCGUUCUCCCUCGUAACUCACACUGGGGAGCCCAAAACGGACAAGGACUACCUGGGCCAGUGGGUGCUCAUCUACUUCGGUUUCACUCAUUGUCCUGAUGUCUGUCCGGAAGAACUGGAGAAGAUGAUGCAAGUCGUGGAUGAGAUCGAUGAUAUCCCAAGUCUGCCAAACUUAACUCCGCUUUUCAUCACCAUUGACCCAGAGAGGGACACAAAAGAAGCCGUUGCCAACUACGUGAAAGAAUUUUCUCCCAAGCUGGUUGGCUUGACUGGCACCAAAGAAGCGAUUGACCAGGUCGCCAGAGCAUACCGAGUGUACUACAGCCCUGGCCCCAAAGAUGAGGACGAGGACUACAUAGUGGAUCAUACAAUAAUCAUGUACUUGGUUGGACCAGAUGGGGAGUUUCUGGAUUAUUUUGGCCAGAACAAGAAGAACGGAGAGAUAGCGGGCUCCAUUGCCGCGCACAUGAGGGCGCACAUGAAGAAGUGCUAGCCGAGCCGGCAGCCACACCCCACAGGCCGUGUUCUCUCAUGAAAGAGGCAGGCGGAUUUGUCUCCCGCAGGAGCCGACAUGUCCAAUACACAAACUGCAGAGCGGCCCUCACACCAGGCGAAGGCCUGUAACUGGGAGUGUGUGUGACCCUUGGGUCCAACCAAGAGAGGCUGCUGGGACUGUGAAGAUGAGAGCCGGGUCUCCCCGGCGGCCGGGGACACUGGGGGACCAAGCUGGAGGGAAGCCCGAGGGGAGAGGACCUCGGGGAAGC